CCAGGAAUGGUUAAGAGCAGUUUGGAGCUUUUCUUACUGACACAGUUUACGUUCAGGAGUUCAGCAAACAGCAGCUUAAGGACCUGGGCGAAGGCUGCAAGGCCCAGAGCCUGCCACAGAGGACUCAAUAUGUGAUGAGCCAUCUCAGUUCGCAGAGAGUGAGAGACCACGCCCACAAGGGUCAUCUCCAGUUGAGGAGUUUCCUGAGACUGAAAAAUACAGUGACAGUGAUAAAGAGUGUGAAGCAGAGCAUGACCCACGCCACAAAGGUGGGACUGGAAAGAAAACUAAAAAGUCUGGGCUUGGGUCCAUGUUUGAAAAGCGCUCUACUCCAAAGAUGAGUAAACUCAAGGAAGCUGAGAGCCCUGAAUCUGAGGUGAUAGUGAAAACGGCCAAAGAUGGAUGUGCAGAGGGUCUCAUUUAUGGUGGAGGGGGAAAAGAAGGGAUUUUCAUUAAGGAAGUAGUGCCAGAGUCACCAGCCUCAAAAAAUCUAAAACUGAAAGAAGGUGAUCAGAUUUUGAGUGCCACUGUGUAUUUUGACAACAUGUCAUAUGAGGAUGCCAUUCAGAUUCUGGAGCAUGCUCAGGCAUAUAAACUGAAGCUUUGCUUGAAACGCAAGCCAGAGAUCACAGAGACCGAACCAGCCAUCGAAUCUGACGUUAUACCUGAAGAAGACCUCCACACUCCACAGAUGAGAGAACAAGGAAAAACUAAAAGAUGCGGAGAAGCUCGCAUUUCGUGGCCCAAGUUUUCAUCCUUUGGAAAAGGGCGAAAAUCACGUUUUACAAGGUCUCACAGUUCCUCAGAGGCUGAGGAACAAAGAAAGCUUGAACUCAGCCCAACAACAAGCGACACAGAGUCACCAAUAAAAACUCAGGAUGCUCUCAAAUACAAGAAAAAGCAUAAAAUAAAACUACCUGGUCUGACAAAGAGAGGCCGGAUAAGUUCAUCUGAGGAGCAGGACACAGAUGUGCAAACUGGACAGAUCAGUGGUGACACUCACCACACACAAGAAUCGGAUAUGCUUUCACCUGAGUGCCUUGAAAGCCCCUCAGGAGAAAUGCCUGAAGCCUAUGUGAAAAAAGAUCUGAAAGUAAUGAAAGAUGUGCAACUUGAAGAAACCAGUCUAACGGUCCGUGAAGCUCAACCUAUUCAACAUAAGGUGGAACUUAUCAGUAUAGAUAGCACUUUGAAAACAGCAGAUUUAACUGUGGCUCUAGCAGAUCAAGAAAGCCCCUCUCAUAUCAAGUCCCCUGAGGGGAAAAAGAAGAAGAAAGAAAGGUCUGAAUUAAAAAUGAAAAUUCUGGGGAAGGAUAAAUCACACAAGAAAGAAGCAAAACCAAAAUCGUCACCAAAAAGGCUAAAAACACUAGGGGCAAGUUUUGACUUAGCUGAUCAUCCUGAAAAUGAAAAAUCUGACUUAAUCCCAAAGUUUGAGUCACACACAGAAGAUCCUGCUCUUUAUGCUAAGGUGGAACAUGAUUUAUCUGAUGUUGCAGUUUCACAAAAAUAUCCACAGAAAAGUGAAGCAAAAAGGCAGAAAGGCAAAGAAAUCCAAGAAAAACAAGAAGACAGAAGAACAGGGGAAACUGUCAAACUGCCGAAACUAGGUUUGGGUGACGUUGGUGCUGAGGAAAUCACAGAUGAUCCUUAUGAGAGACUGGCAAAAAGCAGUGAUUUCAGAACCCAACUUCCCAAACGGGAAGAGAUUGAGAUACCAGGUAUGGAGGAUAAGUCUGUGAAGACGAGAGCAAAAAGAAUUAAAGAACCUAAGGUAAAUUAUACAGGACAGAAUGGAGAAUUUCAAGCGGAAACUGUGCAACUGUCAAUUGAUGUUGACAGUGUGAAAGAGGCAGUUUCUAAAUUGCCUGGAUAUAAGCUGCCUAAAGUUGAUACAUCUGGCAUGCCUAUUCCAGAAGAAAUUACUGUGAUAGAUGCAAAUGCUCAAAGAAUAUCAGUGAAAACGCCUACAAAAGUGGUAGACACCAAAACAAAGCAUGGAGCAAGUCUUACAAAGUUUGACACAACUUCUUCUCUAGAAAUUUCCAAGACUACAGUUAAGCUGCCACAGAUCACAACCGGUCAAUUAACCUCAGAGGAUCUUUUAACUGAAACAACAGUAAAAACUGAAAAGGAACAUGAAACUAAGAAAAAACAAAGCAGCAAAGAGAUUAAAACUGGGACCUAUAAAAGAGAAGAUAUUAUAAUACCGGGAAAGGAAAGUUUAGAGAAAGUAUCUAGUCAUCAGGCACAUGAGGCUGAUGAUACACGAGGAACAGAGGGUAUCAAAUCUGAAUAUGAAUCAGAUAAGAAAUCAAAAAAGGCAAAGAUGACAAUGCCUAGCUUUGGGAUAGCAAAGCCAGACAUAAGAAUCCCUGAUAUUGGAAUUGUCUUGCCAAAACAAAAUAUCUUUCAGCAAAAAGGGGACACAGCAAAAGGAGAAAAAGCUGAAUUCCUCCAAGAAGUAAUGACAUCAAAAGAUGAAAUUAAAAAAGACAAGGGGCAGACUGAAGGAGUUGUAUGUGAGGUUGUGAUUCCUGAACUCGAUAGCAUUGAAUACAUUGACUCAGUAGAUGGUUCACCAGCCAAAAAGGACAAUGGCACUAGGCUUACAGGUUUUGAUGUAAAUCUUGAGUCAAAACCAAAUGUGGAUAUUUCCCUUAAAGAAAUUAGAAAAGAAGCAAAAAGUGCAAAAACUGAACAGCAUGCAGUUAAAUUGCCUCAAUUUGGAACUAUUACUACAAACAUCAGUGUAAAUGUGCCCGAUGGAGAUAAGCCUAUAAACACUGAUGAAGCUGCGACAAAAACUCUUGAAAGAGAGGGAAAGGGUAGCAAGUUUAAAGUGCCAAAUGUUGGUAUCUCCAUGCCAAGGGUGAAAGGAAUAAAAAUGGAUUCAAGUCUAUCAAAGAAAGGUGUAGCUGUGACACCACCGCCUGAGACCGAUGUUACACUUGGAAGUGUAGAUGUUUGUACUGCAGAACAAAUAAUGGAGGCAGAAAAAUAUGACCAGGAAAUAAAACAUCCUCAGGCAGAAGGUGAAUUUGAUAGGCAAGGAGGCAAGUUCAAGUUGCCAAAGUUAGGAAUUGCAAUGCCGAAAAUAAAAGGGUCAGAAUUUGAGUUCAGUGUAUCACAGAAAAAUGAAGAUAUGAAACUGUCAGAAACGCAACGGAAGGUGAAACCCUCUGAUGCCGAACUAAAGGAAACCUCUGAUGGCGAAAUUAGAGCUCCUGAAAUGAAAGUUGUAGAAAAGUAUGUAGACGAAUCACCAUCAAAAUUUAAGAUGCCAACGUUCAAGCUACCUAAAUUUGGAUCUCCUAUGGCAAACACCAGUCAUGAAGCACAUGAUAAAUCAAAAGACAUUGAAAUUUGUGAAACACAGCUGAAAUCAACUGAAGGUGUCAAUGUUAACAUUCCAACACCAAAUACUGAUAUUGUGGGAUCAUCUAUUGAUGUGAAAACAGUUGAUGUCAAACCACAGACCGAAAUUAAAACUAAAAUCGAUGUAAGUCUUGGGGGUGCAGAAGCUUUUUUUCACCAGGAAAAGACUGGAGAUGAAAUCGAAGUACAUGAAAGCAAGUUCAAAUUGCCAAAAUUUGGAAUAACAAUGCCAAAAGUAAAAGGACCAGAAGUUGAUUUUAACUUAUUGAAGAGAGAUGUAGAUGAAACACUUGAAGAAGCCAAAACUGAUGCUGAACGUAAAAAACCCUCUGCUCAAAUGGAAACCGAAGAUCCUGAUAUUGAAGAUCUGACAAAGGAUAAUGAGAACUCACUGGCAAAAUUUAAGAUGCCUACAUUCAAACUACCAAAAUUUGGAGUUGGUAUCCCAAGUGCCACAACAGAAGUACCUGAUUUGGACACAGGUAUCAAAAUAGAAGGUGCUGAUAUUAGUAUCCCUGAAGAGGUUAUUGAAGUUAACAUAGCAGCACGCAGCAUUGAAUUAAAAGAACAUGAAGGCAAAGGAAGUAAGUUCAAAUUGCCAAGUCUUGGAUUUUCUGUCCCUCAAACAAAAGGACAGGACAUUGAUUUAAAUUCCUCAAAGAAAACCAUAGAUAUUACUCUUCCAGAAGCUGAAGUCAAACUCCCUGAUGUUGAAGUUGAAAAAAAUUCUGCUGAGGUUGAAAUGAAAAUUGAGACUAAGGAAAAAGAAUCACCAUCAAAGGAUAAGAUGCCAACAUUCCACUUACCAAAAUUUGGAGUUGGUAUCCCAAGUGCCACAGCAAAAGUACCGGAUAUGGACAAAGGUAUCAAAAUAGAUGGUGCUGAUAUUAGUAUCCCCGAAGAGGUUCUUGAAGUUAACAUAGCAGCACCCAGCACAGAAUUGAAAGAGCCUUCAAUCUCCUUGAAAACCAGUGGAUAUGAAUAUGAAGGAAAAGGAAGUAAGUUCAAACUGCCAAGUCUUGGAUUGUCUGUCCCUCAAGCCAAAGGGCCUGACAUUGAUUUAAGCUUAUCGAAGAAAGAUGUAGAUGUUACACUUCCGGAUGCGAAAGCUGAAGUCACACUCCCUUAUACUGAAGUGGAAACUGAAGCUUCAGAGACCAAAGUUGAGACAAAGGACAAAAAAGGAUCAUCAUCAAAAUUUAAGAUGCCAACAUUUAAAUUACCCAAAUUUGGUGCCCGUAGUACAAGUGCAAAAGCAGAGGUACCUGAUAUGGACAAAGAUGUUAAAGUAGAUGGAGCUGACAUUUGUAUCCCUGAAGAGGUUCUUGAAGGAAAAAUUGCAGCACCCAGCACUGAAUUAAAAGAACCUUCAAUCUUGAUGACAACUACAGGAACAGAACGUGAAGGCAAAGGAAGUAAGUUCAAACUGCCAAGUCUGGGAUUGUCUAUCCCUCAAGCCAAGGGACCUGACAUUGACUUAAGCUUAUCGAAGAAAGAUGUAGAUAUUACACUUCCAGAAGCCAAAGCUGAAAUCAGACUCUCUGAUGCUGAAAUUGAAAAACCUUCUGUUGAAGUGGAAAUUGAAGCCCCUGAGAUCAAAGUUGAGACAAAGGAAAAGAAAGGAUCACCAUCAAAGUUUAAGAUGCCAACAUUCCAAUUACCAAAAUUAGGAGUUGAUAUCCCAAGUGCCACAGCAAAGGUACCGGAUAUGGAGAAAGGUAUCAAAAUAGAAGGUGCUGAUAUUAGUAUCCCUGAAGAGGUUCUUGAAGUUAACAUUGCAGCACCCAGCACUGAAUUAAAAGAACCUUCUAUCUCCUUGAAAACCAGUGGAUCUGAACAUGAAGGAAAAGGAAGUAAGUUCAAACUGCCAAGUCUUGGAUUGUCUGUCCCAAAAACCAAAGGGCCUGACAUUGAUUUAAGUUUAUCAAAGAAAGAUGUAGAUGUUACACUUCCAGAAGCUAAAGCUGAAGUCAAACUCCCUGAUGUUGAAGUAGAGAAACCUUCUGUUGAAAUUGAAAUUGAAGCUUCUGAGUUCAAAGUUGAGACAAAAGACAAAAAAGGAUCACCAUCAAAAUUUAAGAUGCCUCCAUUCCAAUUACCCAAAUUUGGCAUUGGUAUCACAAGUGCAACAGCAGAGGUACCGGAUAUGGACAAAGGUAUCAAAAUAGAAGGUGCUGAUAUUGAGAUUCCUGAAGAGGUUCUUGAAGUUAACAUUGCAGCACCCAGCACUGAAUUGAAAGAACCUUCAAUCUCCUUGAAAACCACUGGAUAUGAACAUGAAGGAAAAGGAAGUAAGUUCAAGCUGCCAAGUCUUGGAUUGUCUGUCCCAAAAACCAAAGGGCCUGACAUUGAUUUAAGCUUAUUAAAGAAAGAUGUAGAUGUUACACUUCCAGAAGCUAAAGCUAAAGUCACACUCCCUGAUAUGGAAGUGGAAACUGAAGCUCCUGAGAUCAAAGUUGAGACAAAAGACAAAAAAGGAUCACCAUCAAAGUUUAAGAUGCCUACAUUCAAAUUACCCAUAUUUGGUGCCCGGGUCACAAGUGCAACAGCAGAGGUACCGGAUAUGGACAAAGGUAUCAAAAUAGAAGGUGCUGAUAUUGAGAUUCCUGAAGAGGUUCUUGAAGUUAACAUUGCAGCACCCAGCACUGAAUUGAAAGAACCUCCAAUCUCCUUGAAAACCACUGGAUAUGAACAUGAAGGAAAAGGAAGUAAGUUUAAACUGCCAAGUCUUGGAUUGUCUGUCCCUCAAACCAAAGGACCUGACAUUGAUUUAAGCUUAUCGAAGACAGACGUAGAUGUUACAUUUCCAGAAGCUAAAGCUGAAGUCACACUCCCUGAUGUUGAAGUAGAGAAACCUUCUGUUGAAGUGGACAUUGAAGCUCCUGAGUUCAAAGUUGAGACAAAAGACAAAAAAGGAUCACCAUCAAAAUUUAAGAUGCCUACAUUCAAAUUACCCAAAUUUGGCAUUGGUAUCCCAAGUGGUACAGCAAAAGUACCUGAUUUGGACAUAGGUAUCAAAGUAGAAGGUGCUGAUGUUAGUAUCCCUGAAGAGGUUCUUGAAGUUAACAUAGCAGCACCCAGCACUGAAUUCAAAGAACCUUCACUCACCCUGAAAACUACAGGAGCUGAACGUGAAGGCAAAGGAAGUAAGUUCAAACUGCCAAGUCUUGGAUUGUCUGUCCCUCAAGCCAAGGGACCUGACAUUGACUUAAGCUUAUCAGAGAAAGAUGCAGAUGUUACACUUCCAGAAGCCAAAGCUGAAGUCAAACUCCCUCAUGUUGAAAUUGAAAAACCUUGUGUUGAAGUGGAAAUUGAAGCUCCUGAGAUAAAGAUUGAAACAAAGGGAAAGAAAGGAUCACCAUCAAAGUUUAAGAUGCCAACAUUCCAAUUGCCAAAAUUUGGAGUUGGUAUCCCAAGUGCCACAGCAGAGGUACUGGAUGCUGACAAAGGUAUCAAAAUAGAUGGUGCUAAUAUUGAGAUCCCGGAAGAGGUUCUUGAAGUUAAUGUUGCAGCACCCAGCACUGAAUUAAAAGAACCUUCAAUCUCUUUGAAAACCAGUGGAUCUGAACAUGAAGGAAAAGGGAGUAAGUUCAAACUGCCAAGUCUUGGAUUGUCUGUCCCAAAAACAAAAGGGCCUGACAUUGAUUUAAGCUUAUCGAAGAAAGACGUAGAUGUUACACUUCCAGAAGCUAAAGCUGAAGUCACACUCCCUGAUGUUGAAGUAGAGAAACCUUCUGUUGAAGUGGAAAUUGAAGCUCCUGAGUUCAAAGUUGAGACAAAAGACAAAAAAGGAUCACCAUCAAAAUUUAAGAUGCCUACAUUCAAAUUACCCAAAUUUGGCAUUGGUAUCCCAAGUGGUAUAGCAAAGGUACCUGCUUUGGACACAGAUGUUAAAGUAGAUGGUGCUGAAGAGGUUCUUGACGUUAACAUUGCAGCGCCCAGCACUGAAUUCGAAGAACCUUCACUCACCCUGAAAACUACAGGAGCUGAACAUGAAGGCAAAGGAAGUAAGUUCAAACUGCCAAGUCUUGGAUUGUCUGUCCCUCAAGCCAAGGGACCUGACAUUGAUUUAAGUUUAUCAAAGAAAUAUGUAGAUGUUGCACUUCCAGAAGCUAAAGCUGAAGUCAGACUCCCUGAUGUUGAAGUUGAAAAACCUUGUGUUGAAGUGGAAAUUGAAGCUCCUGAGAUAAAGAUUGAAACAAAGGGAAAGAAAGGAUCACCAUCAAAGUUUAAGAUGCCAACAUUCCAAUUGCCAAAAUUUGGAGUGGGUGUCACAAGUGCCACAGCAGAGGUACCAGAUAUGAAGAAAGGCAUAAAAAUAGAUGGUGCUGAUAUUGAGAUUCCUGAAGAGGUUCUUGAAGUCAACAUUGCAGCACCCAGCACUGAAUUAAAAGAACCUUCAAUUUCCUUGAAAACCAGUGGAUAUGAACAUGAAGGAAAAGGAAGUAAGUUCAAACUGCCAAGUCUUGGAUUGUCUGUCCCAAAAACCAAAGGGCCUGACAUUGAUUUAAGCUUAUCGAAGAAAGAUGUAGAUGCUGCACUUCCAGAAGCUAAAGCUGAAGUCACACUCCCCGGUGUUGAAGUAGAGAAACCUUCUGUUGAAACUGAAAUUGAACCUUCUGAGUUCAAAGUUGAGACAAAAGACAAAAAAGGAUCACCAUCAAAAUUUAAGAUGCCUACAUUCAAAUUACCCAGAUUUGGCAUUGGUAUCCCAAGUGCCACAGUAAAAGUACCUGAUUUGGACACAGAUGUUAAAAUAGAUGGAGCUGAUAUUAGUAUCCCUGAAGAGGUUCUUGAAGUUAACAUAGCAGCACCCAGCACUGAAUUCAAAGAACCUUCCCUCACCCUGAAAACUACAGGAGGUGAACAUGAAGGCAAAGGAAGUAAGUUCAAACUGCCAAGUCUUGGAUUGUCUGUCCCUCAAGCCAAAGGACCAGAUAUCGAUUUAAGUUUAUCAAAGAAAGAUGUUGAUGUUACACUUCCAGAUGCCAAAGUUAAAGUCAAACUCCCUGAUGUUGAAAUUGAAAAACCUUCUGUUGAAGUGGAAAUUGAAGCUCCUGAGAUAAAGAUUGAAACAAAGGGAAAGAAAGGAUCACCAUCAAAGUUUAAGAUGCCAACAUUCCAAUUGCCAAAAUUUGGAGUGGGUGUCACAAGUGCCACAGCAGAGGUACCGGAUAUGAAGAAAGGUAUGAAAAUAGAUGGUGUUGAUAGUGAGAUUCCUGAAGAGGUUCUUGAAGUUGGCGCUGCAGCACCCAGCACUGAAUUAAAAGAACCUUCAAUCUCCUUGAAAACCAGUGGAUCUGAACAUGAAGGAAAAGGGAGUAAGUUCAAACUUCCAAGUCUUGGAUUGUCUGUCCCACAAACUAAAGGGCCUGACAUUGAUUUAAGUUUAUCGAAGAAAGACGUGGAUGUUACACUUCCAGAAGCUAAAGCUGAAGUCAAACUCCCUGAUGUUGAAGUAGAGAAACCUUCUGUUGAAGUGGAAAUUGAAGCUCCUGAGUUCAAAGUUGAGACAAAAGACAAAAAAGGAUCACCAUCAAAAUUUAAGAUGCCUACAUUCAAAUUACCCAAAUUUGGCAUUGGUAUCCCAAGUGGUAUAGCAAAAGUACCUGCUUUGGACACAGAUGUUAAAGUAGAUGGUGCUGAUAUUAGUAUACCUGAAGAGGUUCUUGACGUUAACAUUGCAGCGCCCAGCACUGAAUUAGAAGAACCUUCACUCACCCUGAAAACUACAGGAGCUGAACAUGAAGGAAAAGGAAGUAAGUUCAAACUGCCAAGUCUUGGAUUGUCUGUCCCUCAAGCCAAAGGACCAGAUAUCAAUUUAAGUUUAUCAAAGAAAGAUGUAGAUGUUACACUUCCAGAAGCCAAAGCUGAAGUCAAACUCCCUGAUGUUGAAGUUGAAAAACCUUCUGUUGAAGUGGACAUUGAAGCUCCUGAGAUAAAGAUUGAAACAAAGGGAAAGAAAGGAUCACCAUCAAAGUUUAAGAUGCCAACAUUCCAAUUGCCAAAAUUUGGAGUGGGUGUCACAAGUGCCACAGCAGAGGUACCGGAUAUGAAGAAAGGUAUGAAAAUAGAUGGUGUUGAUAGUGAGAUUCCUGAAGAGGUUCUUGAAGUUAACAUUGCAGCACCCAGCACUGAAUUAAAAGAACCUUCAAUCUCCUUGAAAACCACUGGAUCUGAACAUGAAGGAAAAGGAAGUAAGUUCAAACUGCCAAGUCUUGGAUUGUCUGUCCCAAAAACAAAAGGGCCUGACAUUGAUUUAAGCUUAUCAAAGAAAGAUGUAGAUGUUACACUUCCAGAAGCUAAAGCUAAGGUCAAACUCCCUGAUGUUGAAGUAGAGAAACCUUCUGUUGAAGUUGAAAUUGAAGCUCCUGAGUUCAAAGUUGAGACAAAAGACAAAAAAGGAUCACCAUCAAAAUUUAAGAUGCCUACAUUCAAAUUACCCAGAUUUGGCAUUGGUAUCCCAAGUGCCACAGCAAAAGUACCUGAUUUGGACACAGAUGUUAAAAUAGAUGGAGCUGAUAUUAGUAUCCGUGAAGAGGUUCUUGAAGUUAACAUAGCUGCACCCAGCACUGAAUUCAAAGAACCUUCCCUCACCCUGAAAACUACAGGAGGUGAACAUGAAGGCAAAGGAAGUAAGUUCAAACUGCCAAGUCUUGGAUUGUCUGUCCCUCAAGCCAAAGGACCAGAUAUCGAUUUAAGUUUAUCAAAGAAAGAUGUUGAUGUUGCACUUCCAGAUGCCAAAGCUGAAGUCAAACUCCCUGAUGUUGAAGUUGAAAAACCUUCUGUUGAAGUGGACAUUGAAGCUCCUGAGAUAAAGAUUGAAACAAAGGGAAAGAAAGGAUCACCAUCAAAGUUUAAGAUGCCAACAUUCCAAUUGCCAAAAUUUGGAGUUGGUGUCACAAGUGCCACAGCAGAGGUACCGGAUAUGGACAAAGGCAUAAAAAUAGAUGGUGGUGAUAUUGAGAUUCCUGAAGAGGUUCUUGAAGUUAACAUUGCAGCACCCAGCACUGAAUUGAAAGAACCUUCUAUCUCCUUGAAAACCACUGGAUCUGAACAUGAAGGAAAAGGAAGUAAGUUCAAACUGCCAAGUCUUGGAUUGUCUGUCCCAAAAACCAAAGGGCCUGACAUUGAUUUAAGCUUAUCGAAGAAAGACGUAGCUGUUACACUUCCAGAAGCUAAAGCUGAAGUCACACUCCCUGAUGUUGAAGUAGAGAAACCUUCUGUUGAAGUGGAAAUUGAAGCUCCUGAGUUCAAAGUUGAGACAAAAGACAAAAAAGGAUCACCAUCAAAAUUUAAGAUGCCUACAUUCAAAUUACCCAAAUUUGGCAUUGGUAUCCCAAGUAGUACAGCAAAAGUACCUGAUUUGGACUCAGAUGUUAAAGUAGAUGGUGCUGAUAUUAGUAUACCUGAAGAGGUUCUUGAAGUUAACAUAGCAGCACCCAGCACUGAAUUCAAAGAACCUUCACUCACCCUGAAAACUACAGGAGGUGAACAUGAAGGCAAAGGAAGUAAGUUCAAACUGCCAAGUCUUGGAUUGUCUGUCCCUCAAACAAAAGGGCCUGACAUUGAUUUAAGUAUAUCGAAGAAAGAUGUUGAUGUUACACUUCCAGAAGCCAAAGCUGAAGUCAAACUCCCUGAUGUUGAAGUUGAAAAACCUUCUGUUGAAGUUGGAAUUGAAGCUCCUGAGAUAAAGAUUGAAACAAAGGGAAAGAAAGGAUCACCAUCAAAGUUUAAGAUGCCAACAUUCCAAUUGCCAAAAUUUGGAGUUGGUGUCACAAGUGCCACAGCAGAGGCACCGGAUAUGGAGAAAGGUAUGAAAAUAGAUGGUGCUGAUAUUGAGAUUCCUGAAGAGGUUCUUGAAGUUGGCGUUGCAGAACCCAGCACUGAAUUAAAAGAACCUUCAAUCUCCUUGAAAACCAGUGGAUCUGAACAUGAAGGAAAGGGAAGUAAGUUCAAACUGCCAAGUCUUGGAUUUUCUGUCCCUCAAACAAAAGGGCCUGACAUUGAUUUAAGCUUAUCGAAGAAAGAUGUAGAUGUUACACUUCCAGGAGCCAAAGCUGACAAAGCUGGUAAGGCCCCUGAGGAAGAUAUCAACAUUGAUGUUCCCAGAGUUGAUGUCAUACUACCAGAAGUCAAAACAGAUGUUCAUCUUCCAGAUACCGACCUUAAAGAAUCCUCACAUAUUACCAUAGAGGGGGGAACCGAUAUAAACCUUGAGGCUAAAUUGAAAAAGCCAAGAUUUUCAUUGCCAAAAUUUUCUCUUUCCAAGCAAAGUGUAAAAGACCCUGAAGUCGAUAUCAGUCUCCCCAAAACUGAUGUUAUUCUUCUGCAAGGUGAUAUAGUCAAGCAACCUGACAAUGAGUUCAGUAUGGAAGUAAGUGAUGUGAAUAAAGGCAUUAAAAUUGAUGCAGCACCCGGCAUUGACUCUGAAGGUGUAGCUGUAGAUGUGAAAGCUAAAGGAGGUGAGAUAUCUGGAAGCAAGUUUAAAAUGCCAAAUCUGGCCAUCUCAAUGGCCAAAGUUAAAAGUCCUGAAACAGAUUUAAGUUUAUCAAAGAAAGAUGUUGAUAUUUCCUUACCAGAAGUAACAGCUGACAUCAAACUACUCCAUAUUGAAGGCAAAGAAACUGAGGGUUCUAUUUCAUUACCGGAAACACCUACAAUUGAGGCUGAAGUCAAGUCAAAACGACCAAGUUGGACAUUUCCAAAAUUUUCAUUUUCAAGGACAGCCGAUAAGGCCCCAGCUAUUGAUGUCAAAAUUGAAACACCCAAAGCUGAGAUUAUAUCAAGCAAAACAGAAGUCUGUCUAGCAGAAGCUGAAAUCAAAGGACCUUCAAUGGAAGAACCACCUGCUGAAGACACUGAAACAAACUUCAAAAAACCUAAAUUUUCACUUCCCAGAUUUUCUUUUUCAAAGUCAAGUAUUAAAGAAUCGGAGUUAAGUGAUGAGCUUCCACAAGCUGAUGUUUCUGUUUCAGAGGGAGAAAUAAAAGUUAAACAACCUGAAAUGGAAAUUAAAGCUCCUGAGCAAGAAGCUGGGCAAGGAAGCCCAUUUAAGUUCCCAAAGUUAGGCAUUGUACAAACAAAACAAAAAGGACCUGAAGUGGAUUUAAAAUCAUCAAUAAACAAUGUCGACAGCAAACGGCCAGAAAUAAAAGCAGAGGUCAAAAUCUCAGAAGAAGUCAAACAAUCUUCAUCUAGUUUGGGAAUCAAGUCUUCUGAGACUAAAGCAAAGUCAAAAGAUGCUGGAGGAUCCCCUUUAAAACAAAAAAUUUCACCACUGAAAAUGCCAAAAUUUAGCAGUGCUUCCUUUGACGUUACCAUGGAAGCACCCAAAACAGGAAAAGUAAUUGACAUUCAUGGAUCUAAACCUAAGGAGGAUAUUUCUGUCACCGACAAAGAUUUGAUUGUUAAUAUUAAAAUGGAUGAUUCCAAAGGUAUAAUAUCAGAAUCCGAAACACCCAAGACUGAGACUGAUGUUGUGGGUCUUCCAUCACCAAGUAAAUUCAAACUACCAUCUUUUAAAAUGCCCAGGCUUAGCUUCUCAAAGUCUAAACCUGAAGAGGAACAGCUUCCUGCUGAAAUAGAAGAUAAAGAAGCUCAACUGGAAAUGGAAGUUGAAACAAAAGGAGAAAGCAAAUCACCAAAAAUGAUUCUGACAUCAUUUGGUGAGAUCCUAAAGACUAUUGAUGUUGAAUUUGAUGUUCCAAAAGCAGACCAAGUUGAAGAAAAUCUUGUAGUCUCAAAAGAAGUUCAAGAAAUAGGCGAACAUGCUGGAAAGCAAUUAGAAGCAAAGGAAAAAGGAGCAAGUACCAUACAAGAUAUUUCCAAGAGUCCCGAGAGGACAGGUUGGUUUAAAUUUCCUAAGUUUGGCCUGUCUUACCCUUCAGAAGCCCCCAGUGCUCCUGAGAAAUGUGAACAAAAGGAUGAAAAGAGCCCAGUAGGGGGAACAGGGGACGAGGAAAUUAGCCCCACCUUUUCUGUCCAAUCAUCGGAUGCCUUCGCUGAUAUAAGUUCUGCAGUCACAAGUGAGCAUGUUGGCCCAUCCAUAUCUUCCCCAACAAAGGUAACUGUCAAAUAUUCUGAUCCAAAUGUUGCUACUGGGCUUGAAGAGACACACAGUAACAUCUUUACUUCGGCCACGAGGACUGAACUGAUCUCAGUUCAGCCUAACUUACCGGAGAAAAUCACUAUUCUGUCCUCUGGAAUAUCAUCGUCAUCAGAAGACACGUGCAGAUUGGAAUCUGGAAAACUACACGUUAUUACAACAAAUAUACAAGCAACCCCAGAAGCACAGCAUGCCCAGUUACUAACUGAUAUUGAAGCUGAAUUAGCUGAAGGCCUUCCCUUAAAAUCAGAAGCUAAUGAAACUACAUCAUGGACUGUGGAAGGCUCAGACAGUGGCAACAGAGCAGUGUUUGAGAGGCACUUAGUGACAAAAACUUCAAGUGAAAGAAGUGAAAGCAGAGAGACAAUUGUUAUAACCAAACAAAUUACUCAUGUAUUUGACUCUUCUGAGCCCAUCUCUGGUGAGACAGCAUCAUCUAUACAGCGACUGAGAGACUCUGUGCACUCUGAGAAAAUGAGGUUCUUUGACGAUGCUGAGAAGUGAGGCAACUGGAAAUAAUUCAUGUAUAAAGAUACUAUUUCUCUUUGCCUAGACCUGAAUGUCAGAGGAGACAAGUGAAUGAAAACAUGUUGGCAACUGGGAAAGGAAGUUAGCAUGUUUAACUUACCGAUCACAGAAAACAAUCUGUCAGUGUUCAGGCAUUACAACAUGAUGGUGAUGUGCUGUGCCAUGAUGCUGACCUACAAAAAAAAUAUGCAUUCCUGUAAGCGUGUACAGUUAGUAUUCCUGUUGAAGAUACUAACAAUGUGUAUAACUGUGUCCUUACUUCAAAUUAUAGCAAGGCCUUACCAAAUAUCCUUGCUUAAGAUGCAGAAUGUUUGACUUUUGCUUACCAAAAUCUUUAAAACUCAUUUUGCAGUUUUUCACUAUUGACUAAUUUACUUGUGUGUGUACUUUACAAAAUGAUAAUCACCAGUGCCGUCAACUAAAAUUUCUGACUGUUUGAGACUGAUGCAAAAAUCAAUUUAUUUUACUGACAUUCCAAAUUGUGUUUACAGUAAUUUCACUAUAACGCUUACAAUAUAUACAAACUACAAUAGCAUAAUGCAGUUAAGAUAGAACAAAGAAUAUGUACGUAUUGCACCAAGAUACUGUUGUCGCUGUAGCUAAAAUGUAAAGAGACAAUAGCAAUGCAAAGCUGAAAUGAAAAGCGUAUGAUCAAACACAGCAAAUGUACUGCUAAAAUUAUAUUUUUUAUUAAUACUUUGCUACUUUGAACCUAAUUUGCCACACUAGAAAUCUGUCUGGACUCUGUUUUCUUUCCAUAUCUCUGUACAAAGUGGGGCUAUUGAACCGGCUAUAUAAAUAGCUUUUAAUGACCUUUGGAAUUUUAUUGGAUUACUGCUCGUGUUUGUAUUCUGAUAGGCUUUAACUUAACUUGUUUGCAAAG